AUGCCGAGCAGCUCGGACACGGCGCUGGGGGGAGGCGGGGGCUUGAGCUGGGCGGAGAAGAAGUUGGAGGAACGCCGCAAGCGGAGGCGAUUCCUGUCCCCUCAGCAGCCGCCGCUGCUGUUGCCGCUCCUGCAGCCGCAGCUCCUGCAACCGCCGCCGCCCCCGCCGCCUCUGCUCUUCCUGGCUGCUCCCGGCACGGCCGCCGCCGCAGCCGCCGCCGCCGCGGCCUCCUCCUCUUGCUUCAGCCCGGGCCCCCCUCUGGAGGUCAAGCGGCUGGCGAGAGGCAAGAGGCGCGCAGGAGGGCGGCAGAAGCGGCGCCGCGGGCCCCGCGCCGGGCAGGAGGCGGAGAAGCGUCGGGUCUUCUCGCUGCCCCAGCCGCAGCAGGACGGCGGUGGCGGUGCGAGUAGCGGCGGGGGUGUGACCCCGCUGGUGGAGUACGAGGAUGUGAGCUCCCAGUCCGAGCAGGGGCUGCUGCUGGGGGGGGCCAGCGCGGCAACGGCGGCGACGGCUGCCGGGGGAACCGGGGGCAGCGGCGGGAGUCCGGCCUCCUCCUCCGGCACCCAGCGGCGCGGGGAGGGGUCGGAGCGCAGGCCCCGCCGGGACCGCCGCAGCAGCAGCGGUCGCAGCAAGGAGCGCCACCGCGAGCACCGGCGGCGGGACGGGCAGCGGGGCGGCGGCGAGGCCUCCAAGUCCCGCAGCCGCCACGGCCACGGCGGCGAGGAGCGGGCCGAGGCCGGCAAGAGCGGCAGCAGCAGCAGCAGCGGCGGCCGCCGGAAAAGCGCCUCGGCCACGUCCAGCAGCAGCAGCAGCCGCAAGGACCGAGACCUGAAGGCCCAUCGCAGCCGGACUAAGUCGUCCAAGGAGCCGCCCUCGGCCUACAAGGAGCCGCCCAAGGCCUACCGCGAGGACAAGACCGAGCCCAAGGCCUACAGGCGGCGGCAGCGGUCCCUGAGCCCGCUGGGAGGCCGGGACGACAGCCCGGUGUCCCACAGGGCCUCGCAGAGCCUGCGAAGCCGCAAGUCCCCCAGCCCGGCCGGAGGUGGCAGCAGCCCCUACUCUCGGCGGCUGCCCCGCUCCCCGAGCCCCUACAGCCGCCGCCGCUCCCCCAGCUACAGCCGCCACAGCUCCUACGAGCGGGGCGGCGACGUGUCCCCCAGCCCCUACAGCAGCAGCAGCUGGCGCCGCUCCCGGAGCCCCUACAGCCCCGUGAUCAGACGGUCUGCCAAAUCCCGAAGCAGAAGCCCAUAUUCAUCUAGGCAUUCAAGAUCUCGUAGCAGGCACAGAUUAUCCAGAUCCAGAAGUCGUCAUUCUAGCAUUUCUCCUAGCACACUAACUCUGAAGAGUAGCCUGGCAGCUGAAUUGAACAAGAAUAAAAAAGCACGAGCUGCAGAAGCGGCAAGAGCUGCAGAAGCAGCAAAAGCUGCAGAAGCAGCUAAGGCUGCAGAGGCUGCUGCCAAGGCUGCCAAAGCUUCAAACACUUCUACACCUACCAAGGGGAACACAGAGACUGGUGCCAGUGCAUCACAAACAAACCAUGUGAAGGAUGCGAAGAAACUUAAAAUUGAGCACGCACCUUCUCCCUCAAGCAGUGGAACUUUGAAAAAUGACAAGGCGAAAACAAAGCCACCUCUUCAGGUAACAAAGGUGGAUAAUAAUUUGAUUGUAGAUAAAGCCACCAAGAAAGCAGUUGUCGUUGGGAAGGAGAGUAAAUCUGCUGCUACGAAGGAGGAGCCAGUGUCUCUUAAAGAGAAAACGAAACCACUUACACCAAGCGUAGGAGCCAAGGAGAAGGAGCAGCAUGUGGCUUUAGUGACCUCUACUUUGCCGCCCUUGCCUUUGCCGCCCAUGCUGCCUGAAGAUAAAGAUGCUGAUAGCUUACGGGGAAAUAUUUCAGUAAAAGCGGUUAAAAAAGAAGUGGAAAAGAAACUACGAUGUCUGCUUGCUGAUUUACCACUGCCCCCCGAGCUGCCAGGAGGGGAUGAUCUCUCAACGAGUCCAGAGGAAAAGAAAACAGCCACGCAGUUACAUAGUAAAAGGAGGCCUAAAAUAUGUGGGCCUCGCUAUGGUGAAAUCAAAGAAAAAGAUAUUGACUGGGGAAAACGCUGCGUGGAUAAAUUUGAUAUCAUCGGAAUUAUUGGAGAAGGUACCUAUGGACAAGUUUACAAGGCCAGGGAUAAAGACACUGGAGAAAUGGUAGCCUUAAAAAAAGUACGUCUAGAUAACGAAAAAGAAGGAUUUCCCAUUACAGCAAUCCGAGAAAUUAAAAUUCUUCGGCAGCUUACCCACCAGAGUAUUAUCAAUAUGAAGGAAAUAGUGACUGAUAAAGAAGAUGCUUUGGAUUUUAAGAAAGAUAAAGGUGCAUUUUAUCUAGUGUUUGAAUAUAUGGACCAUGAUUUGAUGGGACUACUGGAAUCAGGCUUGGUUCAUUUUAAUGAAAAUCACAUAAAGUCAUUUAUGAGACAGCUCAUGGAAGGCCUGGAUUAUUGUCAUAAGAAGAAUUUUUUGCACAGAGAUAUUAAAUGUUCAAAUAUUCUUCUAAAUAAUAGAGGGCAGAUAAAACUUGCAGAUUUUGGACUUGCUCGAUUGUAUAGCUCAGAAGAAAGUCGGCCGUAUACGAACAAGGUUAUCACCUUGUGGUACCGUCCGCCUGAACUGCUGCUGGGAGAAGAAAGAUACACACCAGCUAUUGACGUGUGGAGCUGCGGAUGUAUCCUUGGUGAACUCUUCACGAAGAAACCUAUAUUUCAAGCAAAUCAGGAACUUGCACAACUAGAGUUAAUAAGCCGUAUAUGUGGGAGUCCAUGUCCUGCAGUGUGGCCAGAUGUCAUCAAACUACCGUAUUUCAACACUAUGAAACCAAAGAAGCAGUAUCGUCGAAAGUUAAGAGAAGAAUUUGUUUUUAUUCCUGCAGCCGCACUAGACUUAUUUGAUUACAUGCUCGCCUUGGACCCCAGUAAGCGCUGUACUGCAGAGCAGGCUCUUCAGUGUGAGUUCCUACGGGAUGUGGAACCCUCAAAAAUGCCUCCACCCGACCUUCCUUUAUGGCAAGAUUGUCAUGAGUUAUGGAGUAAAAAGAGAAGAAGACAGAAGCAGAUGGGCAUGGCUGAUGAUGUUUCCACAGUUAAAGCCCCCAGAAAGGACUUGUCUUUGGGCAUGGAUGACAGCAGAACCAACACACCUCAGGGUGUGCUGCCGUCUUCACAGCUGAAAUCUCAGGGCAACUCGAAUGUAGCACCUGUAAAAACAGGCCCGGGACAGCAGUUAAACCACAGUGAAUUGGCAAUUCUACUAAACCUACUACAGUCUAAAACAAGUGUUAGUGUGGCUGAUUUUGUCCAAGUGUUGAACAUUAAGGUAAACUCUGAGACUCAACAGCAGCUAAAUAAAAUAAACCUUCCUGCUGGAAUUUUGGCAACAGGUGAAAAACAGACAGACCCAUCAACACCACAGCAGGAGUCUUCGAAACCAUUGGGAGGAAUUCAGCCUUCUUCUCAGAAUGUCCAGCCCAAAGUGGAGGCUGAUGCUGCCCAGGCGGCUGUGCAGAGCGCAUUUGCGGUUCUGUUGACUCAGUUGAUAAAGGCUCAGCAGUCAAAGCAGAAAGAUGUGCUUCUAGAGGAGGGGGAAAACGGAUCGGGACACGAAGCGGCAGCACACCUCCGGCCCCCUCCAGAGCCUAGCACUCCGGUGUCGGGGCAAGAUGACCUCGUGCCGCACCAAGACCGGAGGAUCCUGGAGCCCGCCCCCGAGCCAGACCGGCCCCGCAUUCUGCCCCCUGAUCAGCGCCCGCCGGAGCCCCCCGAACCCCCCCCGGCCACCGAAGAGGAUCUGGAUUAUCGGACAGAAAACCAGCACGUACCCACCACUAGUUCUUCGUUGACUGACCCGCAUGCUGGCGUGAAAGCAGCCCUGCUGCAGCUCCUCGCUCAGCACCAGCCCCAGGAGGACCCCAAAAGGGAGGGUGGCAUUGAGUACCAGGCAGGAGACACUUACGCGGCCCCUUCGGACUACAAGGACAGCUUCGGGGCGGCGUCUUUCUCCGCCGCCGCUUACGCCGGCAGCAGCGACGGGCUGGGAGGCGGCUCCGGCCCCCCCUUGGAACGGCGCAGCUUCCUGGGCGGCUCGGACGUGCAGCCCGUGGACACCUACGGCCCCGCGUCAUCUCACUCCGGCGGCCCGCCUCCGCCGCCCGCCUUUUCCGAGUCCUUCCCCAGCUCGGUGGCUGGGUACGGGGACAUUUACCUCAGUGCAGGCCCCAUGCUCUUCAGCGGAGACAAGGACCAUCGGUUCGAAUACAGCCACGGCCCCAUCGCCGUCCUGGCCAACAGCAGCGACCCGGGCGCGGGGCCCGAGAGCGCGCACCCUCUGCCCGCAAAGAUGCACAACUACAGCUACGGAGGCAACUUGCCGGAGAACCCGGGCGGCCCCGGGCUCCUGCACGGACAGACCUGGACUUCCCCUGCGCAGGGGCCUGGGUACGCACAGGGGUACAGGGGACACAUCAGCACGUCGGCCGGCAGAGGUCGAGGCAGAGGGUUACCGUACUGAGCAUCUGUUUUUCCUCAGGCACAUCAUUUUUAUCUGGAAAGACUUUUCUAGCUGCAGUUUCAGGCAGCAAAUCCAAGAGACUUGAAUAAUAUUAAUUCAACAACAGCUUUAUUUUUAUGUGGAAAAGGGUCUUGCAUACAAUAGUUUAAAAAAAAAAGACAAAAACCCCCACCUUUGCUUAAAUUCAUGCUGUUCUAAAAACUAGAUCUAUUGAUUGUACAUCCUCACCAGUUCUAGUUAACCAUUUUAUUUUGUAUUCUUGCAGUUUUAAGUGGAUGCCGACCUUAGGGACAUAAAAGUCUUAUGGCCCCUCGCGCAGACCUUCUGAACUAUGCACAUUUGUGCUUUUUUUGUAAGUUUGGACCAACUUUUAUGUAACAAACAACCCCUACCCCCCCUCCAGUUUUACAACAAUCAGAAAGGGCACUGAUUUAUUUGGUAUUUUUCUUUUUACGAAGCUACCUUUAGUCCAAGGUCACUGUCAGUCUUUGCACCUGCUUUCAGUGUUAUUGUGAAAGGUGUACUUUGUGCUCAUUUCAGAAAAUAAAACACAACCUUUCUCUUGA